CAUUCGCUUCUUGUCAGGAGGGUACUGAACUCAGUUUUAGUGGAGGCGCCGCCAGCCACUGCCUUGGCCAGGUGAAGCGUGCGGCUUCUCCGAGAACCCGCGGGCAGAUCGUUUGAACAGAACAAUAAAACCGGGGCAUUAUUACAGCAAGGGAUUUCAUUGCACCCUGGUGUAUAUGAGCAGAAUCUGAAACGGGGAGAACUGAGUGCGUGUCAAUGCACAGACCGGAUCAAAUUAUUCUUCCUCUUCGGCACUAAUUAUUCCCCAGGUUAGAGGCCAGAGUCAGCAGAAGAUAGAAGUGCUGAAGACAUCACCGACCAGGCUGGGGAGCAGAAUGAAGCUGACAGAAGGACGCCAUGAAGCAUUAGCAGCGCCGCCUGCCACAGUCGCACUGCCGACCCCGGGGGCCAACACCACAGAGCCAGUGGCCAACCCAGAGGGGGGCAAGCAAGAUGGGUUCUCCAAGGUGAAGGAGAAGUUCAUGAAUGAGCUGAACAAGAUUCCACUACCUCCCUGGGCACUGGUUGCUAUUGCCAUUGUCGCCGUGUUACUGGUCCUCACUUGCUGCUUCUGCGUCUGCAAGAAAUGUCUGUUGAAGAAGAAGAACAAGAAGAAGGGAAAAGAGAAGGGAGGGAAGAAUGCCAUGACCAUGAAAGAUGUGAAGGAGAUGGGGAAGUCUGGCAAAGACCAGGCUCUGAAGGAUGAAGAUGAUGAUGCAGAGACGGGACUAACAGCAGAUGUGAAAGAAGAAGAGAAGGAGGAGGAAAAAUUGGGCAAACUCCAGUUUUCCUUGGACUACGACUUCCAGAACAAUCAGCUAAUCGUGGGGAUUAUUCAAGCUGCCGAUCUCCCUGCCCUCGACAUGGGAGGGACAUCUGACCCCUACGUGAAGGUCUUCCUCCUGCCCGACAAGAAGAAGAAGUACGAGACAAAGGUCCACCGGAAGACUUUGAAUCCAGUUUUUAACGAGUCCUUCAUUUUCAAGAUUCCGUACUCCGAACUCGGGGGGAAAACGCUGGUGAUGGCAGUGUACGACUUUGAUCGAUUCUCCAAGCACGACGUCAUCGGGGAGGUGAAGGUGCCAAUGAACACGGUGGACUUUGGCCACGUCACUGAGGAGUGGCGGGACCUGCAGGGAGCCGAGAAAGAGGAGCAAGAGAAGCUGGGCGACAUUUGUUUUUCUCUCCGCUACGUCCCGACUGCUGGGAAACUGACGGUUGUCAUCUUGGAGGCAAAGAACCUUAAGAAGAUGGACGUGGGAGGCUUAUCAGAUCCCUAUGUGAAGAUUCACCUGAUGCAGAAUGGCAAGAGGUUGAAGAAAAAGAAGACGACAAUUAAGAAAAACACUCUUAACCCAUACUACAAUGAGUCGUUCAGCUUUGAAGUGCCAUUCGAGCAGAUACAGAAAGUGCAGGUUGUGGUCACCGUUCUGGACUACGACAAGAUCGGUAAAAACGACGCCAUUGGCAAGGUGUUCGUGGGCUACAACAGCACCGGAGCGGAGCUACGCCAUUGGUCGGAUAUGCUGGCCAAUCCGAGGCGGCCUAUCGCGCAGUGGCACACCUUACAGCCCGAGGAAGAGGUCGACGCCGCCCUUGGACUGAAGAAAUGAGAAGCCUUUCCGAUGUCCCGCUGCCCCCAACCUUCUUGUGCCCAUUGUCAGUGUGAUGUAGAUACCUCAGUCCCAACCCAUCCACUCCAUUUCAUCUCCAACCGCCUUUCUCUCUCUCCCUCCCUCUACCAUUCACCACUCCCUCAUUACUGUGGGCCUGGUUAAAAUCUUUUCGGACACCAUUGCAUUGGCACUGUCCACCUUCGCCAUCUCUUAAGCAAUAUGAUCUGUGUAGAUAGAGCAUGAUUCAAAUUAUGUAUCUCACAAAUGUACAUAUAUAUGCACCCAUAAAGUAAAAGAUUAUUUCUAGUCUGUGUGUUUGUAUGUUGUUAGCAUUUCCUAUUCUGUGUAUUGUUUUUAAUAAGAUGUUCUAUUUUAAAUUAUAUAAAUUGACUGAAAAAUAGGAAAGUCGAUGCUAUAUAUUACGGUUACAUAUUUCUCCUGCAUUCCAGCUAUUCUCUUCUUGUGAAGUCAAGAUGAGAAUAGAUCUUAGUGAAGAUAUGUGAGAAGAUCACUGGAAAAGUAUACCUAAAGCAGGUGAUCUAGUCCCAACACUGUAUUGUGCACUAGGCACCGAUUUUGGGAGGACUUGCUAAAUGUUUUUCAUGUGACAAUGUAGUCAGUGGCACUAUUAUACAGCUAUUAGUCAUUCCAUUAGAGUUGAAAGGACUGUUCUGUGUAUCACUGUGACUGCCUCCGUGCUUAGGAAAGCGAGAUAGCUACAGGUUUACUCAAUAGUGAUUCUGAUUUAAGCGAGUGGGUUCGUUUUAGUUUCCUGCCCAGUUAGUCAUUCCUCUCUGCUGCCCUGUCAGGUUACACACAGCUCCAUACAAACUCUGAGGACCGAUCCAUUGGAGCUGUGUCCCAUUCCAGAGGGAAACUGCAGAUGUAACGACAUAACUUCAUUUUCAAGCACUGUGCAAUCAGAAUAUGUGUGAACACACACACGUGUGCACACACACACACAUACUCACACAUGGACGCCCACAAGCACAUAUACACACUCUGACACACACACCCACAUACUCAUACAGGUACAAACAUGCACACACACACACACACACAUCGUGACACUGUUUUCCCUCAAUGGUUCUGCCCUUAAAGCAAGAGCAGGGAAGAUACCAGAUGUUUAGCUUAUAAAACCUCUAGUGCACACUUUGCUCAGGAUUUAACUCACUAGCUGCCACUAUGUUGUCAACAAAACACUGUUUAAAUGCAGCACACUGCAUCUGCCAAUGACGCAGUUAUAGGAUCUUUAAUUUACCAGUAAUAGGUGGAUAAAUAGAGAUAUUAUAUAUGAAACACUGCCAAAAAGAGAAUUACGAUAGUCACAAAGGUAAGCACAGCCAUAACCAGAAGGUGCCCCCUUGCUUUAGUCAGGACUGUCUGGAGCUACUACUGGAGCACCACAGUUUAAUGCUAAUCUUUACAACAACCAGUAUGGGAAGCAUUAGCAAACGAUGCUGUAGAGUGAUUCUUGCUGCCUUUAUGUAUGGAUUCUGUAAACUAUUGCCUGCUUCAGUAUAAUACACGUGGCAACUACCUUGCCGUGUGAACCCUAGAAAUAAUUGCUGUGUCUUUAGCUGCUGUGUUUGUUUGUGAGCUGCAAGCUGUGAAAACCUUAAUACCUUUUUCAGUGAGGUGGUUCUAUUCCCUACCAAUCUCUCCUUCUCUCUUGAAUUUUGGUUCACUCUGUGCGGUGAAUGUCACUGUGGACCUCCUGACGUUUAUAUCACUUGAUAGUACAAUAGUGUUGGAUAAAUAGAUUUAUUUCCAAUCGAUGUUUUAAAUGACUGUAUAAUUAUAUGUGUUCCUUACUGUUUGUUUAUAUAAAACAUUAAAAGUUGAUU